AUGAAUUCAGUUGCAUUAUGGGAGACGGAUGAUUGACACGGCAGCCAUUUUCCUUCUGGACUCACAGCUUCCAUUGUGUGAGAGAUAGUAAAUACUGACACUGGUGACAACCAUAACAUUUAUUUCUCAACGAAAAAACGUGUGUAUUCACUCCAGGUGAUAACUCGAAAUGGCUCGUACCAAGCAGACCGCCCGUAAAUCCACCGGAGGAAAAGCUCCACGCAAACAGCUGGCUACCAAGGCUGCCCGCAAAAGCGCGCCCUCUACAGGUGGAGUGAAGAAGCCCCAUCGCUACAGGCCCGGGACCGUGGCUCUGAGAGAGAUCCGUCGGUACCAGAAGUCCACUGAGCUGCUGAUCCGCAAGCUGCCCUUCCAGCGCCUGGUGAGAGAGAUCGCCCAGGACUUCAAGACCGACCUGCGCUUCCAGAGUGCUGCCAUCGGAGCCCUGCAGGAGGCCAGUGAGGCGUACCUGGUGGGCCUGUUCGAGGACACCAACCUGUGUGCCAUCCACGCCAAGCGUGUCACCAUCAUGCCCAAAGACAUCCAGCUGGCACGCCGUAUCCGCGGGGAGCGCGCCUAAGAACAGACUCCGCCCCCCUCCCACCUAUCUCUCCCCCUCUCUCUCUUUAAUGUUUCACUUCCUCUAUUUUCGUAUUCGUCGCCUCUCACUAUCCCCCCCUCUUCCCGUUCAACCCCGACUCUCCCUCCCCCAGCCCCCCUCUCCCUCCCCCAGCCCCCCCUCCCUCCCUCACCACCCCCCUCUCCCUGCUAUCUUGGUAGACUUUAGAGUAACCGUGGUUACGGUGGGAUAGAAUUGUGUUGGAGCAUUGUCGCUCAGAGUUUUGUCUUCGACAGAUGUUUUAGGGUAACCUUUUUUUCGUGCAUGUAAUAGAUGUUGCUGAUCGAUCGCGCACACACACACCUCACACACACACACACACACAUAGAACGGCAAGUUUGUUAAGUGGAACGUUGCUUGGUUGUGUGUGUGUGUUUCUUGGGGGUGACAGACAGGCACCAGCUGAGGGGUGGGGGGGCUGGUCUGCUUAAGGGGAGCAGCAACUUCCACAGCAGGGUGCUACUAAAACUAACCCCCCCGGCCUCUGCCCUGUCUGAACCCUCCCUGUCUCCCUCCCUGUCUCCCUCCCUGUCUGCCUCCCUGUCUCCCUCCCUGUCUCCCUCCCUGUCUCCCUCCCUGUCUCCCUCCCUGUCUCCCUCCCUGUCUGCCUCCCUGUCUCCCUCCCUGUCUCCCUCCCUGUCUCCCUCCCUGUCUCCCUCCCUGUCUGCCUCCCUGUCUGCCUCCCUGUCUCCCUCCCUGUCUCCCUCCCUGUCUCCCUCCCUGUCUCCCUCCCUGUCUCCCUCCCUGUCUCCCUCCCUGUCUGCCUCCCUGUCUCCCUCCCUGUCUCCCUCCCUGUCUGCCUCCCUGUCUCCCUCCCUGUCUCCCUCCCUGUCUCCCUCCCUGUCUCCCUCCCUGUCUCCCUCCCUGUCUGCCUCCCUGUCUCCCUCCCUGUCUCCCUCCCUGUCUCCCUCCCUGUCUCCCUCCCUGUCUGCCUCCCUGUCUCCCUCCCUGUCUCCCUCCCUGUCUCCCUCCCUGUCUGCCUCCCUGUCUCCCUCCCUGUCUGCCUCCCUCCCUGUCUGCCUCCCUCCCUGCCUCUCUCCCUCCCUGUCUGCCUCCCUGCCUCCCUCCCUGUCUGCCUCCCACCCACUCUGAACGUCAACGCUUCCUUCACCUUCCUCUUUACCUGGAACUUGACCGCUUACUUGUCCCCUCUCUUACUUGUAAUUCCACCUCUAUGGUGGGAGGGGAGCAAUAUUGUUCUGUUGUUAGUGUGUGUUUGUGAGUUCUGAUCAGUCAAACAAAUUGUAUUCGCAGAGAGAAAAAAAAGAGAAAAAAAAAAGUGGUUACUUAAAAAAUAUUGAUAACUAUAAAUGUGGAUAUGGUGUCAAUUUCUUUUUAUUUUUUGAUAAUUCAGACAUACUAUGUCGUUUUAUUUUUACCACUCAAAUUAUGGUGUAAAAGGAUCUACGUUUUCCACAUGGCAAACUCACUGUUUUUUCAGAAUUAUUUCUAUUUUUCUUCUGUUUGGAAAAAUCAGGAAAGGGUUCUCUGUUUCAAAAGAGCUGCUAUUCCGACGGCAGCCACAAGGGGGAGCUACAUGCUAACCUCUUGUUCAGUCUAGCUCCACAAUCCCGUCUUCAUCCAUGUUCCCUCCAUCCAUUUUACUCUACAUGUGUCUGUGUAGAUCAGCAUUAAUUGUAACUACAGUUGAAGGGUCGACUUGGUAGCAAGAAUUACUCUUUUCGUUUGGGUGUCCCCUGUCUUUUUCACUCUAUCGAUGACCAGUCCAUAAAAUCAGUCGUUUUCUCAAAAAAGAAUUGUGAUGGAACAAUAUAACCUCAUUUUUUUUUUUCUUACGUUUUUUUUUUUUCUUUCUUAUUCCUCAAGAUUUUCAGAUGUUUAAAUGAGCGGAUCUUUGUAUUUUCAAAAUUUCUCAUAUUAUCGUGGUAAUAAAUAGAUGUUACACAAAA